AAAUCAACACCGUCUACGCCUUCCCCACCUCCGCCAUCACAAGCGCCCCCUCCGAAAUCAGAGUCUCCGCCUCCAAAAUCAGACUCACCUGCCCCAAAGUCUUCACCAUCCCCCAAACCUUCACCACCACCACCAUCUCCGCCGCCAUCAUCACCUCCACCAUCGUCACCACCUCCGUCUUCACCACCACCAUCAUCAUCGCCACCAAAGUCACCUCCUCCUCCUCGCUCACCACCACCUUCACCCUCAAAAGACAAGGGAUCGCCAUCUGGAUCAUCGUCGCCUUCUCCUCCAGCUUCUCCACCGCCACCUAGCGGUUCUUCCGAUGAGAAUGCUCCUCAACCAUCAUCCUCUGGCGGCAGUUCAUCAUCUAAAUCACCACCAACUGAUUCAUCACAAGGCGGAGGCUCCUCUCAAUCCUCACCUAGUGACUCUCAGUCGCCUCCAGCCUCUCCACCUCCAGGUACACCUUCAACCAACCCUACCACCCCAUCUCCUCCUACAGUGCCUAGCCCUCCAGCGGUUCCAGGUUCAGGAACUACAACUCAGCCUCUCCCUCGCCCUGCUAAUUCCGCCCCCACCCUCUCCCCUCCCUCAACCAGAAGUCGGUCUGCAGCUUCAGACGACUCAGGGGGUAGUAGUAGUAGGCAUACAGGCACUGUCAUUGGCUUGACGUUAGCUGGAGUUUUCCUCAUUGCCUUGGUAGCCCUCAUUGUUGUGUUUGUAAGGAAGAGAAAGAAGCAGGCCCAACCAUACCCCCCAAAUUACAUGCCUCCCACCCCUGGUCCCCCCGGCACUAACUUAUCAACUCCAGGUGCAUAUUAUCAUGCGCAGCAACAGAGUUCUGCAGCUUCUGGUCCAACAGAAAGCUUCUAUUCGAGUGGACAGCCCGGACCUUCCCCGCAGAGUUCUGGAGAUUCCGGUCUCAUUGCUGCUAACAAGGUUCAUUUCACCUACGAAGAGCUGAUGGAGAUAACGAAUGGAUUUUCACGUCAAAACGUUCUCGGUGAGGGUGGUUUCGGAUGUGUGUACAUGGGCUGGAUGCCGGACGGAAGAGUUGUGGCAGUCAAGCAGCUCAAGGCUGGUAGCGGACAGGGAGAGAAGGAAUUUAGGGCUGAAGUUGAGAUUAUUAGUCGCGUGCAUCAUCGUUACUUGCUCUCUCUGGUGGGAUACUGCAUCUCUGAACAGCAAAGAUUGCUUAUCUAUGAAUUUGUUCCCAAUAAAACUCUUGAGCACCAUUUGCAUGGUGCCGGAAUGCCGGUGUUGGAAUGGACCAAGAGACUCAAGAUUGCUUUGGGUCUGCAAAAGGCUUGGCAUAUUUACACGAAGACUGUACGCCAUCCAAAAAUCAUUCACAGAGACAUUAAAUCGGCAAACAUUCUGCUGGAUGAUGCCUUUGAAGCACAGGUUGCAGACUUUGGGCUUGCCAAACUUACAAACGACAUGAAUACUCACGUAUCCACUCGGGUCAUGGGAACAUUCGGGUACAUGGCACCUGAGUAUGCAAAUAGUGGCAAAUUGACAGACAGAUCAGAUGUAUAUUCGUUCGGAGUUGUGCUUCUAGAGCUUGUAACUGGGCGGAAACCUGUUGAUCCAAGUCGACCUUUAGGGGAUGAGAGUUUGGUUGAAUGGGCUCGUCCGCUUCUUAUUCAAGCCCUUGAAACUGGAGAUUUGAGUGAAUUAGUAGAUCCUCGGCUUGAGAAACAUUAUGUGGAGGGUGAAAUGUUCAGAAUGAUCGAGGCUGCUGUUGCGUGCGUGCGUCAUUCUGCUAUAAAACGACCACGAAUGGCGCAGGUGGUAAGAGCAUUGGACUGUGAAGGCGAAUUAUCUGAUCUAACGAACGGAGUGAAAGUUGGGCAGAGUACUGCAUAUGACUCUGGCCAGUACAAUGAAGACAUUAAUAGAUUCAGAAGGAUGGCAUUAGGAAGCGGAGGCAGCUCAGAGAUAUCCAGUGCAGAUUUCACUUCCAGAGAGGUAUCAGGACCCCAAAGUCUAUGGACUCGCCAGGAUCCUUCAAGUGAUGAAUCAGAUACUCGAGCUUUUACCAUGCGUGGUGGUGAGCAGAUAAUCAGUGGAAAUCAAGGCAGACGGUUCUGAAUAGAAAGAGUGGCGAAAUAAUUGUGAAUUGAUUUCUGAAUGUCCACACACUCGUCAUCUUGACAUUGUUAACUCAUGGUACUCCACAGAGAGUUUGAGAGAGAGAGCGAAAGAAACAGGGAGACAGUAGACCACAUUCGUUAAAUUUAUUGACUAAAUCUGACAUAUUAGUGUAAAUUAAGCUGCUGCUUGUUUUUUUUCUUCUCCAUUUUUCCUUGAUGAAGGUCGUUCCCUAGACGCAUUACCAGCAGGGAAGAGCUUGUAAAGUUUACUCAAGGUACUUUUUUUAGUCAUUACUAUGAAGAAUCUGUAUUGAUACUAGAGGUAGAGCAAUAAGAUUUCAAUUAAAUGUGCCUAAUUUUUGUAUUUACACACUUUUGGGAUCUCGGAAUGUAUCAAUCAUAUGAAUUUAGCAUUGAUUAAUCGACGAUG